UUUCCCUUUUAGUACGCCAAAGUGACCAGAUAAGCCAGUUCUUCUGUGCUUCACCAACAAAAAAGAAAAGCGAAGAAACUAACGUAUUUCUACACUAUAGAAGGCAUAGAAAAAUGAAUCCAAAACCCAAGACUUCAAUUAGGGCUUUGGGGCAGCGCUCCAUCGCUUCGUCGUUCCUCGCUCGCUCUUCUGGUUUGUACUCCGGUUCUACUGAUUCCAAAGAAGACAAUCGGGACGAAGCUUCAAAGAAGAGCCGCCGCACCUCGCUCGUGGACUUCCUCGACAGGAAGCUGCACACUACUUCUGCGCUGCCCAGAACAGUUCAGGGGAAAUCAAGACCCUUUUCAUCGCCGCUGGGCCCAAGAGAAUCCAGUGGCUCCAUCGAUGGCCAUUUUGGGGCAAAGAAAGAUGGGGAAGCAAAGUCAAACUGCAUCAUCGACAAAGUGUUAUUUGAACAGUUCAAGCAUAAUGGUGAAGAUAAAGGAGAUCGUGAAGGUUCCUGUAGCGACAUGGGAUGUUGUAACACAGAUGAGGUGCCACAAUCAAGAAAAAGAAGGAAUCCAUUUCAAGGUGGGCAUGAGAAACAUACUGCUCAAAAGCAUUUAUUAGCUCUUGGAGAUGAUCCAGAACCAAAGCGAAAAGCAGAGGAAGAGAGGUUUAUUAGCAAGAAGAAAUCAAGACCUCUUUACAAUCACUAUGCAAAUGGUUGUGGCUGGUGGGACUGCAACAUGGAAGGUGUUGAUAACGAAGAAGUAGGCUUCAAUGAAGUAUGGGAAGGGGUGGGCUCUACUACAUUAGGAGGAAUAGAAUGGCAUUGAAUUUGUUAUCUGUGAAAGGUCCAAUUUCUUUUGAACUGUGCUAGUUCCAAAAAGAUGUAAUUUAGGACAAUAAGGAAACCAAAAGAGGAAGACAGGAAAAAUGCUGUCUCCAGUUGUAAUAGUUGAUUAGUUUUAUCUGACUUCCCUUGGUGGAUCACGUUUUCAAAUAUUGGGUGGGACACAGUUUCUUGAACUUUCUCAGAAAAAUGUGCUUCGUUAAAGCCCACAAUAAAUAAUAAUAAAAAGAUAAAUGGUUCAUAUCCGAGUCUUUUUUGAAUCAUUCAGAAAACCCCAGUCGACUGUUUGCAUGGUGGGUAAAAUCUAAUUUUGUAAAUACAUAUAUACAGCUGCUCUUUGAGAAGGGUAUCCAAAUGUUCUCCUAACUCGUGUUAAAAUCCAGCCCCGAUUAUGAGAGUUCAUUCUGUUCU